GAGAGAGAGAGAGAGGGAGAGGCGACGGUGAAAAGGACUGGUGUGCCUACGAAAAAAGGACUUUUACUGAGGAUUUUCUUGACAAAUCUGCCACACAAACUGACCCAACUCAUUGGAAACAAGACGAUGGAUGUGUCGGAGACCACCCAAGGGGACUUGGGACUGCUAAAACUGUUCGACUCGUCUGAGUUUGGGAGCUGGGAGAAGAUUGGCUCCGGUGGGUUCGGCCAAGUGUACAAAGUACGACACGUACAGUGGAAGACCUGCUUGGCCAUCAAGUGCCCCCCAAGCUUACAUGUGGACGAGAAGGAGCGAGCGGAGCUGCUUGAGGAGGCCAAGAAGAUGGAGGCGGCCAAGUUCCGCUACAUCCUGCCGGUGUACGGCAUCUGCAGCGACCCCCAAGGCCUGGUCAUGGAGUACAUGGAGAUGGGCUCGCUGGAGACGCUGCUGUCCUCCGAGCCGUUGCCGUGGGAACUGCGCUUCCGCAUCAUACACGAGACGGCGGUGGGCAUGAACUUUCUUCACUGCAUGACUCCGCCCCUGCUGCACCUCGACCUCAAGCCGGCCAACAUACUGCUGGACGCACACUACCACGUCAAGAUCUCGGACUUCGGUCUGGCCCGGUGGAACGGCUUCUCCCAGAAUGACGAUAUGAGUCGAGAUGGCUUCUGUGGUACGAUAGCUUACCUGCCGCCUGAGAGGAUUAUACAGAAGGACAGAGUGUCCGACACCAAGCAUGAUGUGUACAGUUUUGCCAUAGUAAUCUGGGGUGUUCUGACACAAAAGAAACCAUACCAAGGGGAGAAUAACAUUCUGCACAUCAUGGUGCGAGUGGUGAAGGGUGCCCGUCCCGACCUGAGCGCCAUCCCGCGUAGCCGCCCCCCUGCCUCUAACGGCUUCAUAGACCUCAUGCAACGUUGCUGGGCAGACUCACCCAGCGCACGACCUAGCUUCCAGGCGAUCACAUCGGAAGCAGAGGAGCUGUACUCAAGACCACAGGAGGACAACAGGGGCUCCACAUCAGAGCUGAACACCACUAGUCACUGCACUACACUAGCACCUGCUGAACAGGCCGCAGAGCAGAAGCCGGUGCGUCCCAAGUCGGCCAUGUUGCCUGAGAAGGACUACAGCCUGUCGGAGCUCCUGAGCCAGCUGGACUCUGGAAUAUCGAGAAGCUUCGGACCGCUCAAGGAGGACUGCCUGCCCAGCAAGGACAACACCAGCAAGAGGCUGUCUGGCAUCUCGUCAGUAGACUCGGCUUUUUCAUCUCAAGGCUCUAUCACGCUGUCCUUCGAGAAGGAGAGCACUGCAAACGACUCAUCUGAUGUGCAGCGGCGUAAACUGUGUGAGGCCAUCCGCAACGAGGACAUCGCCAAGCUGAUGAAGAUCCUGCAGCCCCAGGACGUGGACAUACAGCUAGAGCCCGGCACAGGAGGCUCUGGUGGAGGAGGAGGAGGUGGUGGAGGUGGCAGCCUUCUCCACUACGCCGUGGGGCUCGCCAACGAGGAGGCCGUCAAGUUCCUGUUGCUUAGCAACGUCAACCCCAACAUGGCGGACGCGCGGGGCGCCACGCCGCUGCACCUGGCGGUGGAGAAGAGGUUAAAGGGCAUCGCCGAGGUGCUGCUGGCACGCAAGACCACCAACGUCAACGCCAAGGACGAGGACCAGUACACGCCACUGCACUUCGCCGCACAGAACGGUGACGAGGUUCUGACGCGGCUGCUUCUGGAGCGCGGGGCCGCUAUCAACGAGGCAGAUGCCCAGGGUCGCACGCCCGCCCACAUCGCAUGUCACCACGGUCAGGAGCAGGUGGUACGCGUACUGCUCAGCAAAGGCGUGGACGUGCACAUCCGCGGCAAGGACGACUGGACGGCGCUGCACCUGGCGUCGUGGCAGGGCCACCUGGGCAUCGUCAAGCUGCUCAUCAAGCAGUCGGGCGCCGACAUGGACGGCCAGACCACGGACGGCCAGACGCCCCUGCACCUGGCCUCCAAGAGGGGGCAGUACCGCGUGGCCCGCAUCCUGGUGGAGCUGGGCGCCAGCGUCCACCUGCAUGCCGACGGCAUGUACACGCCGCUGCACGUCGCCGCCGAGACCGGCCACACCAGCUGCUCACGGCUGCUGGUUAAGCACGGCGCGGAUAUUCAAGCGCGGACGGCCCAGGGCUACACAGCGCUACACCUGGCCUCUCAGAGGGGCCACCUGCCCACCACGCGGAUGCUGCUGGAGGGCGGAGCCGACCCGCGCAGCGUCACCCGCGCCCUGAGGGCGGCCUGCCACCUGGCGGCCGAGGAAGGGCACUGCGAGGUGGUGCGGGAGUUGUUGUCCACCUGGCCGGACGCGGUGCACGUGCAGGACGAGCACGGGCACACGCCUCUGCACCUGGCCGUGCGUGGGGGACACACCAGCGUCAUCUGUCUGCUGCUGAGUCGCGGCGUGGAGCUGCCGACCCCUGCCACCUCCCCUCUGCCCUCGCCCUCGCCCUUAUCGCUCUCCACCUCAGCCUCCACCUCAGCUUCCUCAUCCCCCUCUCCUGCUUUCCCCAGUACCACGUUCCCUGACAUCGGGGAGGAGGAGGGCCCGUCGUCAGAGAUGGAGGUGGGGAGGUGUGCUUCUUCAGCAGGUCUGGAGGACGAGAGUCCUUCGGGAGACAGGUGUGCUUCGGCAGGUCUGGAGGAGGAGAGGUGUGCUCCGGAGGAGGAAAGGUGUGCUUCGGGAGGCCUGAGAACACUGACGCUCCAGAGGAAGGUUCUCAUCCUGAAACUGACGGAGAAGGACGUGGCCGAGACUCCUGAGGCCAGCGGGGCGAGUGCGGCGCUGUGUUCCUCUGCCCAGUGCUGAUUGAGAACCAGGCACCAUAGACCAUAUACUGAAAUGUAGCCACCAACCCUAACACUUACCCUGCUGUAAGGUCACAUACCUGGGAGACGCCAGACACUAGGGUGGGUGAGUGGGGCGCUAUUUUCCUCUGCUCACUGCUUAUGGGAAUCAGACAGCAUAGGCUAUAAAGCCAUUAACCCUUAAACUUACUCUGCUAUGAAGUCACCUACCUGGGAGACACCAGAAGCAUGGGCUAAUUGGACUACACCAUGGACUAUGCAACUACCAACUCUAACUCUAACAUUGUCAAAGCCACACACACACAUGCACACACACUUCCGGACACAGUGGGAUGGGGACAACUGUGGGAAACAAUGGACACAAUAGACUUCCAAGCCACCAACUCUAACCUGGCCAGACACAAACGCACACACACACACACACACACACACACACACACACACACACACACACACACACACACACACACACACACACACACACACGCACACACGCACACACGCACGCACACACACCACAGCUCUGACAGUCACACACCAUGCACAGACCUACUGUACUGGGAUGGGAAUGAUUAGAGACAUCCAGACACAAUAAACUACGAAGCCAGUGACCCUGGCAGUCACACACACUUGCACACACACAUACACACUGCGGUGGACAUGGGGGUAACCAGACGCCACAGACAAUAACGCCACCACCACUUACUCUGUGAGCCACACAGACCUGCGCACACACUCUUUCACAAACACACAUUAAAGAGCCACCAACCCUAACCCAAACCCUGUGACACACAUGCAUACACAUUCAUCAAGAGACAAUGACACAACACACCCAGAGACACACACACACACUUCCGCCCUCAGACCUUCCUCGACAAAGUGGCCUAUGUAAUGACCGACUACACACAAGGAUGAGGGGGCUUCCCCCCGGACAGAGAAGGGACAGACUCUGAUGUACAUACUGUAAGUAAUCCGUUUAUGGCGGCCAGUAUAUAUUCUUCGCAAGAUGGCUGCCGGAAAUGCCUCAGGCUUUGCACGUCAUCUGGAAGCCAUUUGAGGUUUCCUUCCUCACAAUGGAAGCCAGCUCUUUAUUUGUUUAUAGCAAGUGUACUGUAUAUAAAAUAACAAUACAGAAUAUAAUAGUCUUUUUUUUCUUCAUUGGUGCAUUACGAACUGGUCUUAUUGGGCUGCCUCAGUUAACCCUGCUCUUUUAAUGGCCCUGUAUGUAUUCAAUAUGAACUUGGAUGUAUUUUGCGGCGUCUUUAUAACACGUGCCUGUGUGACCCAUUAAGGGUUAAAUUUGGAAAGUACCUGAAGACGUCACUUUUGGAAUCUCACCGGGCAUUCCGCCAACACUCCAGUGGUGCCAAAUCUGGACCAACCUCCAUUUUAUAAUGCUGUUCUAAACCAGCAGUAUUGCCAUUGACUGAUUGACUGUUUAGAAACCAUUUUGUAGAAUAUGAGAGAGUGUUGUGUUGUCUGUGUGUGUGUGUGUGUGUGUGUGUGUGUG